AUGUCUGCGCCAUCAGAUCUUCUUGCUGAAGAAGACGCCGAAGCCAACGACUCGGGCGCAGAAGAAGACCCACUGCCACCGGGCGCACCAGUCAGUCUUGUUGAGAAGCGCCGCCUUCAGAAGGCCGUGUUCGAGCAUUGGAUCACCACGCCCGCCUGCCAAGAAGCAUUGAAACCCAAGCACAAGGAUGGCAAGACGAAAGGCAUCGAGGAUGAAGAACAGUCCAUUCACUCACUGCUUGCUCAGCAACAGAAGGGUGUCCAGAUCGUGAAGAAUCCCAGGGAGUAUCAAAUCGAGCUCUUCGAGCGCGCGAAAAAGGAGAACACAAUCGCUGUCCUUGACACAGGCUCGGGCAAGACUCUAAUUGCUGUUCUGCUGCUUCGCUGGAUGAUUGACAAUGAGCUCGAAGAUCGAGCCGCUGGCAAGCCUUCGCGAGUUUCCUUCUUCCUUGUUUCUUCCGUCACCCUUGUCUACCAGCAACACUCCGUCUUGGAGUGCAAUCUGGAUCACAAGGUCGCCCGUUUGUGUGGUGCUGACAAUGUCGACCGCUUCAACAAGUCUAGCUGGGAGAAGCUUUUCUACGAAAACAAGGUCAUUGUAUGCACUGCUGAGAUUCUGUUCCAGUGUCUUUCGCGCAGUUACAUCACAAUGAAGCAGAUCAAUCUGCUCAUCUUCGAUGAAGCUCACCACGCCAAGCAAAAUCACCCUUUCGCCAGGAUCGUGAAAGACUUCUACCUGACAGAGCCAGACGCAACAUCAUGCCCUCGCGUGUUCGGUAUGACUGCCAGCCCCAUCGACGCCAAAACGGACGUUGUCCAAGCUGCCUCCGAGUUGGAAACUCUCCUUGGCUGUCGGAUUGCCACCACCUCGGACAUGAGCCUUGCAGAGUCCAUCAAGAAGCCCAAAGAGUGUGUCUUGCAAUACGAUGCACUUCCACAGACCGGAGCGGAAACCCUUCUCCUUCAAUCGCUUAAAGCACGUUAUGGCCACGUUGAAGUCUUCAACAAGACCUUCGAGCAGGCGACAGACAUCUCGCGUGUUCUCGGCAGGUGGUGCGCUGACAGUCAUCUCGUCGAUGCCCUGGGUAGUGAUAAGCUUAAGAAGCUGGAAGCCACCGUCGAGAGGCGAUUCUAUGCUCGAGACCGUAGCCAGGCCGCAGAUUCAGAGGCACGACAAGCCGAACUUGAGCGACAGCUGAAAGAGCUCCGAGAUGCAGUUGCGUACGUUCAAGAGCAAGCUACCUCAACAGCCAACCUUGCUACCGUCACGGCCGAUGAUGUUAGCUCCAAGGUAUGGUCUUUGCGCGGCCAUCUCGACGCGCAAUUCGAACGACCUUCAAAUCAUCGAUGCAUCGUGUUUGUCGACCAGCGUUACACCGCUCGGCUGCUCACUCGCUUGUUCCAAAAGAUUGGCACAAAGCACCUGCACAGUCAAUUUCUUAUCGGGCAUGGGAGUGGCAACGCCGAUGAAGGUUCAUUCACCUUCCGCCAACAGGUUUGGACUCUACUCAAGUUCAGAAAAGGUGUCUUCAACUGCCUUUUCGCUACAUCCGUCGCCGAAGAAGGUCUCGAUGUUCCAGACUGCAAUCUCGUCGUCCGAUUCGACAUGUACAAGACGAUGAUUCAGUACGUUCAAUCUCGUGGUAGGGCUCGCAACAUCAACUCAACAUUCAUUCACAUGCUGGAGAUGGGAAACUCCAUCCAAACGAAUCUUCUCAACGAAGUCCGGCACCAGGAGAAAGCCAUGAGGGAUUUCUGUAACCUGCUCCCCGCGGACCGCAAGCUGGACGGCAACCAAGAUGGACUCAAUGAGCUUCUGGAAAAGGAGAAGAACACGCGCACCUACACAGUACCCGCCACUGGAGCCAAGCUGACUUAUGGCAAUGCGUUGUCAAUUCUCGCGCACUUCGUGUCGGCUGUCCCAUCCGACAGCGACGAGCCUCAGCAUCCGACGUGUGUGAUCUCUGUCACUGGCCAGAAGUUUCUCGCAGAGGUCCUCCUACCUGGAAAUUCUCCCAUUCGCUCCGUGCUUGGUCGACCUGAACAGAGGAAGCAGCUUGCAAAAUGUUCCGCCGCUUUCAACGCUUGUCUCGAGCUUCGGAAGAAAGAGUACCUGGAUGCACACCUCAUGCCGAUCUACCAAAAGAAGCUUCCAGCCAUGCGGAAUGCUCUACUUGCCACGGGCAUGGACAAGACGAAGGGAUUCGCCAUGCAGGUCAAGCCGAAGAUCUGGGCCGAGCAGCGAGGCAUAGUACCGAGCCAGCUAUGGAUCACCCUCGUUGACUUCCCGCAAGGUUUGGACAGGCCGCACCGAUCUUUUGCCAUGUUGACGAGAAGUUCGAUCCUGCAACUGCCCAAGUUCCCGGUCUUCCCGAGUAUUGGCAAGUCAAGUGACGUGGUCUCCGCGAGCCUUUCACGACCUCUUGAAGUGACAAGCCAACUGCUUGCGAAGCUCACCGCUUUCACGCUGAGGAUCUUCCUGGACGUCUUCAGCAAGACGUACGAAGAAGACGAUGCGAAGCUUUCGUACUGGUUGGUGCCCACCACCAUCGCACUGCACGGAGACGAGGCAAGCAAAGAUCGCAUUCGUUCAAUCGAUCCCCGCGAAGUCAUCGAUUGGAACCUCGUCGAGAGUGUGUUCGAUAACAAGGAACACAAGUGGACACCCGGAAUGCCCAAUGACUUUCUAGCCAACAAGUUCAUCACCGAUCCUUGGGAUGGUAGCCGCAAGUUCUAUUCCAAGGCCGUCGAUGGAUCACUCAGACAAACGGACGACCUUCCCUCAGAUGUCGUGCCUCCGCGAGCCAAAUGGACCGGCAAGACGAUCAUGGACUACAGCGUUAGAUUGUGGAAGAACGCUGAUAAGAAGUCACAAUGGCACGACAAUCAGCCCGUCAUCGAGGCCGAGAAAGUGCUCUUGCGCCGCAACAUGCUGGCGUCUCCAGACCAGCAGGAGGUCAGUGUAAGCACAAAGGCAUACAUCUGCCCCGAGCCAUUGCGCAUCUCCGCCAUUCCACCUGAGUUGGCGACAUCUCUCCUUUUCUGGCCGGCAGUCAUCCAUCGAAUCGAAGCGUACCUCAUUAGCAUUGAGGGCUCAGCUUCAGUUGGAGUUGCCUGCGAUCCUACUUUCGCCCUCGCUGCCUUCACGAAAGACUCCGACAAUCAAGGUGAGCAUGAGGCGCAAGAGCGAGUCAACUUCCAACGUGGCAUGGGCGAGAAUUACGAGCGACUAGAGUUCAUCGGCGAUACGUUUCUGAAAACCGCCACGACGAUCUCGACCUUCAUCCAGAACCCAAACGACAACGAGUUCGAGUUCCACGUUCGACGCAUGCAGAUGCUGUGCAACAAGAAUCUCUUCGAACAUGCCUUGGAGUACAAGCUCUACGAGUAUAUCCGAAGUAUGGCAUUCAACAGGCGAACCUGGUACCCAGAAGGCAUGAAGUUGAUGGCUGGUACCGGGGUCAUCAAAGGUCAGGAGAAAGAAAUGUAUCACUCUGAGAUGACACAUGUGCUCGGCAAGAAGACCAUCGCCGACGUAUGCGAGGCUCUUAUCGGUGCUGCAUUUCUCACCCACAACCAGCCGGACGAGAAGUGGCAGCCUCAUCACUGGGAGCCUGCGAUUCAAGCCGUCACCAAGCUUGUUAAGAGUGACGAUCACACGAUGCUCACCAUGGAUGACUACAAAGCCGCAUACCUCCUUCCAGACUAUCAGACUGCACACGUCACCGCCGUUCAACGCGACCUGGCGGAGAAGAUCCAACUUGAGCAUGCCUACAGCUUCAACUACCCUCGUCUUCUGUACUCAGCCUUCUCCCACCCCUCCAACCCGUACAUGCACGCUCAAGUGCCCAAUUACCAACGCCUCGAGUUCCUCGGCGACGCUCUCCUCGACCAAGCCAGCAUCUCUUACCUCUUCUACAAAUUCCCUGCUGCCGACCCACAAUGGUUGACCGAACACAAGAUGGCAAUGGUCUCCAACAAGUUCCUCGGCGCACUGUGCGUCAACAUUGGUUUCCACAAACAUCUCCGCCACUCGCACUCCUCGCUCGGCAAGCAGAUCCACGCCUACGUCGACGAACUCGUCGAAGCGCGAACCUCCUCCGGUCCAGACUGCCGCGACUACUGGACCACCGUCUCCGACCCACCGAAGUGCCUGCCCGAUGUCAUCGAAUCUUUUGUCGGCGCUAUGUUCAUCGACUCCAACUUCAACUUUGCAGAGGUCCAGCGUUUUUUCGAAGAGCACGUCAAGUGGUAUUUCGAGGAUAUGUCCAUCUACGACACCUUUGCCAACAACCAUCCAUGCACCCACCUGCACCAGCGUCUACAGACCGGGUUCGGGUGUAUGGACUACCGACUCAUGGCCAAGGAGUUGCCGAACGUGGAGGGCGGCGCUGAGAGGAAGGACGUCGUGGCGGUGGUGAUGAUUCACGAUCGGAUUGUGGCUUCAAGUGGAGGAAAGAGUGGACGGUAUGCGAGAUUGAGGGUGGCGAAUCGGGCGCUGGAGGUUUUGGAUGGAUUGGCGCCAUUCGAGUUUCGUGAGAAAUUUGGUUGCGUGUGCAAGGGCGUAGAGGAUAGUGGAGAGGUGAUUACAGUCGGUGCGGAUUGUGGAGUUUGA